AUGCGUUUCAGCUCUGAUGAUGACCAUCAAAUGAUGGACGAAAACUCAGCCCGUUUUCACUCGAAGCGAGGAAAGAGGUCUCGUGGACUGCACCAACCUGAACGGUGUAUGAAAGCCAAACGGCUGCAGUACAACGGGAUUCAGCCGUCCUCUACUGGCGAGAUCGACUUACGAAUCUCUUCUUUAUCCACUUUCGAACGAGUUAAGGUUUCCCAACAAUGUUAG